AUGAAGGUACCCAGCUCCGCCGUCGCCCUCACGGCCGCGAGCGCAUUGGUCUUGACCGGUAGCGCGAAGCCGCUGAAGCGCAACGUCAAAGUCGACGAUAAAGCAUUUAUCGAUUCCAUCGUCAUCGACGACCUGCUAGGCUGCGCGCAAGACCUGGAAGACAUCGCGUACGCGACCCCGGGGAGAAACCGAGUCCACGGCUCAGAAGGCCACGCCAACACCGUGUCCUACAUCGUCGAGCAGCUGACCUCCCUCGGCGACUACUACAACGUCGAGCUGCAGGAGUUCUCGACCGAGGUCACGGUCGGGUCCAACGCCUCGCUGACCGUCAACGGCGAGACCCUCGAGGCGGGCACUUUCUCGUUCGCGAAUAACGGGACGUGGACUGAUACGCCGGUGGUUAAUGUGGCGAAUCUUGGUUGUGAUGCUGCCGACCACCCAGCGACUCUAAGCGGAGCCGUCGCCCUCAUCGCGCGCGGCGACUGCACAUUCGUCCAGAAGCUCACGCUCGCGGGGGAGAAGGGCGCCGUCGGUGCCAUCAUCUACAACAACGCGGAGAUCGGGCCAGCGACCGGGACACUGGGCGGAGUGAACGACUUGAUCCCCGUAGGCGGCAUCUCCCGCGCCGACGGCCUCCGCCUCGUCUCGGAGCUCUCCAACAGCACCCUCUCCUCCGCCGGGGAGUUCUGGCAGUACAUCGCGAACGCCACGAGCCACAACGUGAUCGCCUCGUCCCGCACCGGCGACGCCUCCAACGUGCUCUUCCUCGGCGCGCACAGCGACUCCGUCGACUCGGGGCCGGGGAUCAACGACAACGGCAGCGGCACGUGCGGCAUCCUCACCGUCGCGCGGCAGCUCGCCGCCGCCGCCGUCGGCGGCGCCAUCGCGAACCAGGUGCGCUUCGCGUGGUGGACCGCCGAGGAGGAGGGCCUGCUCGGCGCCGAGCACUACGUCGCGACGGCGCCCGCCAGCGCGCUGGAGAAGAUCCGGCUGUACCUCAACUUCGACAUGAUCGCGUCGCCCAACUACGUGCUGGGGAUCUACGACGGCGACGGCAGCGCGUUCAACCUCUCCGGGCCCGCGGGGUCCGCCGAGGCGGAGGCGCUGUUCGAGGCGUGGUACGGGGAGAGCGAGAAGCUGCCGUUCGUGAGCUCCGAGUUCGACGGCCGCAGCGACUACGGCCCCUUCCUCGAGGCCGGCGUGCCCUGCGGCGGGCUCGACACCGGCGCCGACGGCAUCAAGACGGAGGAGGAGGUGGCGCUCUUCGGCGGCGUCGCCGGCGAGCUCUACGACCCCAACUACCACACCCCCAAGGACAACGUGACGAACCUCAACCUCGAGGCGUUCCAGACCACGGGCCGGGCGAUCGCGCACGCGGUGGCGACCUGGGGCACAAGUUGGGAGGGGUUCCCGACGCGCAACGCCACGGCCACGCUGGGGAGGAGGCUGUCGCCAAGCUUGUCUAAGAAGAAGUACGGCCCCUUGAUGAAGAAGAAGAGCAGGCGGGGGAAGAAGGCGUACUGAUUGAUAGUAUCUAUUGUGUAUAAUGAUCUGCCUACCUACAACCUGCCAGUAGGUAGGUAGGUACUGUACCUACGUAGUGGGUAGGACCUAGAUAGUUGAUGAAAAUGGAUAUGACGGACGGCUUGACUUACUGUGAUUACUACCGAGAAACCAGCCUAUCUACCCGUCGCUAGCGAGUGGAUGGAGUUUUAUAGCGUUAUGUAUUUAGUAUAACUAGAUUGUAUAUAGAAAAAUUCUUAUCAAGCCAAUGGCAUCAUCAUAAAUACACUCAUGCAAGGUCCGUAGAUACUGGAAGCUUUAGUUCUCGUACAACGGCUCGUACCUGAUAUGGCAUUAUGGCAGUCUAGAUCCGAUUCGAGCUUAAACAAUUCCCCAUUGAUAUAGAAAACGCAAACUCAAACAAGGAAAAAAGAAAAAAAAAAGCGUUCAAUCAUCAUGACAUGACCUUGAUUUCCAUCCCGCAUCCUUCUAAAUAUUUACCUAACAGUUAACUAACCUACAACGAUCCCGAAAGGGCGGUCGACUCGGGUCG